AUGAAGCUCGCAAUCAGCCUAAUUUUUGCUGCUACCGCUGUCACAGUCGCAAUUGGCGGAAAUCCCCAGUAUUUACGCCAGCCAGAUUCGGGGUCGCUCGAAACCGAUGAUUCUGCCGAUUAUGACAAGUCAUCAAAGUACGCCUCAUUAAAAGGAAAAGAGGAUGACGAUGACCUAUCGGUCGAUCUAGCCGAACUCUUCGACAAAGACUUGGGCAGUCUCGAUGGAAGUGACCUCGAGCUCAACAUCAUGUCUUUGAUUGGAAGUGGCAGUAACCAGGUACCAGCCCACAAAGUUUUUGAGGCCAUUACGAAAAUGGAAGGAUUACUAAACAGCGGUUCUCUUGACGACCUGGAAGACGUUACCAAAUCGUUAAAAGGCGCAUCGAAAGGAGACCUCGACUGGCUAAACAACGACGGUGACUUCGACAAAAAUGCGGGUAAGGGUGGAUUUGCUGACUAUGCCUCUCAGUCGUCAAAGUCUGAUGACAAGCUGCCAUACAAUGACGACGAACCUGGCGAUAACGAUUAUUUGACGACCGCCACAAAAGCAUCCAAGGGUGAUACUGAAUGGCUUGAAGACGGUGGCAGUGCUGACGUUCCAAUGGAAAAAGGUGGCUACACUGACUUUGCCCGGAAACCUGCAGAUGUCUCGACUAAGACUGGUGGCCAAUCCAACUCGGCGGGUCCUUCAACCGAUGAUGACAAUUUCACACCAAAAAAAGGUCCUUACAUGGGAGAUGAGCUGACUUGGCUCGAUGGAAGUGACGGAGAUACUUCUGCUCCCAUUGAAUCUAUUUUGAGCAGUUCAGAUGUCGCGGACAUUGCUAAAUUCUUUGGUGCCCAAAGCCAGACUGGUGCCUUUGUUAAAUACCAUGGCUCAGAUGACGAUGAUGUCAAAAUUAUCACGAUUCCAAAAGCUGAUGAUUCCACUCCAUCUAAGGGUACUUACAACGGUGGUGAGAACUCGUGGCUAGAAGCUAGCGACAGCGAUGAUGUAUUGGCUAAUAAGGGCGGAUAUGCUGACUAUGCCACGAAGUCUGCUGGGACGUCAACCAAGACUGGUGGGCCAACUUAUAAUGACGACGAUACUGGUUCUUCUAAUGGACUGGACGAUGAAUCUGCCGAAGAAAGCGACGAUACAGCAACCAAAGCUUCUUUUGCGUCUAAAUCAGCCAAGUUUGGAGACGAAACUCCAUACGUUGGCAAAACCUAUUCCGGCAGCGGUUUAGGACUGAUCGGCGAUAGUGACCUACCCAAGAAAAGUAAGUGGGUACCGGUUCAAGAAGAUAUCGGCUCGGCUCUUGAUGAUAGGCUACAGAUGUAG